AUGAGUGGGUUUUCAAGUAGAUGGGAAAAAAUUAAAGCUGCUUUGAAAAAAAGUGAAGAAAAAGAGUUGAAUGUUGCUAAUACGAGCGAUCCUUGCGGCAUGGUUAUUUCUAAGGAGAAUGAUGAUGGUGAUGUUUACAUGAGGCUAGAGACCAACAGUAGUUUUACUGGGAUGCUUUUGAAUGAAAGUGUAGAAUAUACCCUAGAUUCAUAUGAGACGCCCUUUGUGCCAGAACUUGGCUAUAAUGAUCCCUGCUGCAGUAAUAAUGCUGAACAAAACUUUGUAUCGGAAUAUCUUCAAAGCGCUCAGGAUGAACCAAUUAUUAUACAAGAAUUAACUUCAUCAUCUACGGUUCUUCAACCAACAAGCUGGUUAUCGGAAUAUGUUGAAAGCGCUGAGGAUGAACCAAAAACUAUUCAAGAAUUAACUUCUCCAUCAAUGUCUUUUCAACCAGAGCAACACAAAAAUUCAAACAGUACAGAUGGAAUAUUAUUUUCAGAAGAUCAAAAUUCAAAUUUACUGGUAAAACCUACAAAUGAAGAUGGUUCAGAUGAUGAGUUGAUAGAGGAUCCGCAUUACAUUCCUGAAAGCAAUACCGUUUUGAUGACAAAUGAAAAUACUACAAGAAAACGCAGAUUAGAGCGUAAAAGAUCACGUCAACAGCUGGAAAAACUACCGGACACAAGAAAGGCUAGAGAAUUAAGGAAAAAAAAUCGUAAUUCCGGUAAGUCAUAUGUUACAAAAAAAGGCAAAAUCAUUCCAGAAAGACCAUUUCAAACUCUGCCAUUAUGCCGAGCUAAAUGCAAAACAAAAAUCACUGAAAGUCAGCUGAAAGAAAUUUUUUCCGAAUAUUGGAGUUUAGGCAGUUACGACAAGAGAGCAGCUUAUAUAGCCAGUCUUUUCACCAUACAUGACAAAAAAUCACACAGGCCACGUACAGACGAUCCAGACAAAGAAAAAUAUCGCCUUAAAACCAACAAAUAUUUUUUACGAAUAAAUGGUAGCCAUAUUUCUGUUUGCCAAUUGCCUCCUGAAGUUACCCAUGUUGUGCUUUAUUCCGAUACGUGUGGAGGGCAAAAUAAAAAUUCACACAUUUCAUCCAUGAUUAUGUCAAUAUUACAGAGGUCAGACGUAAACGUGCAAGUAGUUGAUCAUAAGUUUAUGGUACCUGGUCAUACCCACAUGGAGGUAGAUGUAGCACACUCGAUGAUCGAGAAAAAAAAGAAAAGAUCGAAUAUAGCAAUUUUUCUUCCUCAUGAUUGGUAUCAGCUGGUCAGAUCAACAAGUGUUUAG